GCCCAACGGCGACGCAAGCGAAGCUAGAGAGAGAAGGGAAAGCUGUAGAGAGAGAAGGAGAGAGAGAGAGCAGCAAUGGAGAUGGAGGCGCGCGGCGACCUGCGGUCGAUCCUGCCGCUGCUGCCGGUGGUGCUGCGCGGCAGGGCGCUCUUCUGGCCGGCGGCGGCGCAGGAGCAGCUGAGGGCGCUGUCCCUCGGCCCCGACGUGAGCCGGGUCACAUCCGGCGACGUCCUCGCCGACGCGCUCAGCGACCUCCGCCAGGCCCUGGCCCUCCGGGCCCUCCCCGCGCGGGCCGCCGAGGGCUACGCGCUCUUCUUCGACGACCUCCUCUCGCGGGCCCACGCGCGGGACUGGUUCUCCGACGUGCUCCCGCGCCUCGCGCGCCUCCUCCUCCGCCUCCCCGCGCUGCUCGAGGACCACUACGCCGGCGCCCGGGCCGCGACCGGGCUCCGUCUCCUGGCGUCUCAGGACGCGGGCCUCGUGCUCCUCGGCCAGGAGCUCGCCGCCGCGCUGCUCGCCUGCGCGCUCUUCUGCCUGUUCCCCACCGCCGGCCGCGGCGAGGCCCGCCUCCCGGCCAUCAAUUUCGACGCCUUGUUCUCGGCAUUGACUAACAAUGCGAGGCAGAGCCAGGAGCACAAAGUGAGGUGCAUUGCUCACUAUUUCGAGAGGGUGACUGCGUCUACGCCUGCCGGUUUUGUGUCGUUUGAGCGCAAGGUUCUUCCGCGCGGCUCCCUCUCCGGUGAUGUUACCUACCCUGACAGUGAUGCCUGGAUUAAAUCUAGCGUGCCCCUCUGCCCAUUCCGGGUAAUUUCCUCGGGUUUGAUAGAAGAUGAGGAAGAAGAAGCCCUCGAAGUUGAUUUUGCUAAUAAAUAUCUGGGAGGAGGUGCACUUUCCAGGGGUUGUGUGCAGGAAGAGAUCCGUUUCAUGAUAAAUCCAGAACUGAUUGUAGGCAUGCUCUUCAUGGCUUCAAUGGAAGAUAAUGAGGCUAUAGAAAUUGUCGGUGCUGAAAGGUUCUCACAGUAUAUGGGGUACGGCUCCUCAUUCCGCUUUGUCGGUGAUUAUUUAGAUACGAAGCCCCUUGAUGCAAUGGGUCGACGAAAAACUAGGAUUGUAGCAAUUGAUGCCUUGGACUGCCCAACUAAGUUACAGUAUGAAACUAGUGGUCUUUUAAGGGAAGUGAACAAAGCAUUUGUUGGUUUUUUGGAUCAAUCAAAGCAUCAGUUCGAUGUGAAGCCUUUCCAGGAUUCUAAUUCCAAGGAUAAUCAUCCAAGUGUCAACUCAGUUGACUGUGUAGGAGUUUCAACCGGAAACUGGGGUUGUGGGGCUUUUGGUGGAAACCCUGAAAUUAAGAGCAUGAUUCAGUGGCUUGGCGCAUCACAGGCACACCGACCUUUUGUUAAUUACUAUACUUUUGAGGAUGCGUCACUUAGAAGAUUAGAAGAGGUGAUCCAGUGGGUAUUACGCCACGGAUGGACUGUCGGCGAGUUGUGGCACAUGAUUGUCGAGUAUUCAUCCCAGAGGCUCAAAAGAGAAACUUUCGACGGCUUUUUGACUUGGUUACUUCCAGAAGACAGCGCCAAUAAUGAUGCGGAUUACAUGUGCGAGUAGCCCAGUUUCGUGAGGUUAGCAUCUGUGUGAUGUGUGAACAGUAACUUGCAAAAACAUUACUCGGAUAUUUGUUUCCCUGACCAGAAACUAGCAAUGUGUGAGACCAAUUCAGAAUUUCCAUGAAUCAGCCACACGAUUCACGAUC